AUGGAGGUGCCGGAGGGCUCCUUGUUCAUGGGCGCGGUGCGGACCUCCUUGAUGUCCCCCCCGGAGAAGGAUGGAGUCUCGAAGAUCCUCUUCGAGCAGGAGCCGGGACCGGUGGAAGAGGUCACUUCGGCGGAUCCUUCGCCCGGUGUCAUGAUGGAGCCAGACGGCCUGGAGGGCGUCUUCUCCGGCGAGGUGGCGAGCUUCAACUUCCGGAAGAACCGGGACAGCGCAAGGCACUCCUUCGUGCGCAAGGCGCUUCAGGAACAUCAGGACAAGGCCAACAACCAGUCCAGCCGCCUGGCGCAACUCCGCGCCAGCGCGGAGCCGCGCAUCGACACCCGGGGCACCUGGCGUCGCCAGCUGGACGUCUUCGUGUCGUCGCCCGUCUUCGUGAACUUCAUCAUGGUCCUCAUCAUGAUGAACGUGGUACUGCUCGGCGUGGAGGUGGAUCUGUCCGCUACGUUGGGUCAGAGUGAUGUGCCGGGGUGGUUCGGCAUGGCGAACACCCUCAUCGUUUGCGUUUUCGUGGUGGAGGUGAUGCUCAAGAUCUUGGCCCAGGGCUGCUUCGAGUACUGGUGCGGUCAGGAGGCCUUGUGGAACAUCAUGGACGUGAUCAUCAUCACCGUGUCCGUAGUGGAGACCAGCAUUGACCUUUGGGCGCAGACUGUCUCAAGCGGCGCAGCCAACUCCAGCCACCUGCGCCUGGUGCGGUCGAUCCGCCUGGCGCGCGCACUGCGAGGGGUGAGGGUGGUGAGGAUUUUUCGCUACGUGAGCGCGCUGCGGACCUUGGCCUUGUGUAUCGUGAGCACGGUGGGCUCGCUCCUGUGGACUCUGGUUUUGCUGGUGCUGCUGUUCUACACGUUCGGCGUGCCCUGGAAGAUGCGUGGGGGAAGGCGAUAA